GGAGGAGGGGGGACUCGGGCUCCGAUCCCAGUAAGGGCGGACUGGGAGGACUGGGACGGGAGCGCGAGCGCUGGGCAGGCCGGGCCGGGGUCCUGCUGAGGAAGGGAACGGCGGUGGUCAUGAGUCCGCCCGUGGCCGGAGAGAAGCGGCCGGCUCUGGUCACCUGCACGGCGCCGGUCAACAUCGCGGUGGUCAAGUACUGGGGAAAGCGAGACGAAAAGCUGAUCCUGCCUGUUAAUUCAUCCCUCAGCGUCACCCUGCACCAAGAUCAGCUGAAAACAACCACCACAGCCGCUCUCAGCCGGGACUUCACGGAGGACCGCCUCUGGCUGAAUGGGGAGCCGGCUGACAUCGAACAGCCCCGUCUCCAGACCUGCCUGCGGGAAAUCCGUCGCCUGGCUAGGAAGCGCCAUGGUGAGAAAAAUGGGGGUGACGAGGGGGACCUCCCUCCCCUGAGCUACAAAGUCCACAUAGCCUCGGAGAACAAUUUCCCCACUGCGGCGGGCUUGGCCUCUUCUGCUGCUGGCUACGCUUGCCUGGUCUACACUCUGGCCCAACUCUACGGCGUGGAGGGGGACCUGUCCGAAAUUGCUCGCCAGGGCUCUGGGAGCGCCUGCCGGAGUAUGUUUGGGGGCUUCGUGCAGUGGGUGAUGGGGAGCGAUGCCGACGGCAAAGACAGCGUGGCCCAACAGGUGGCGCCAGAGACGCACUGGCCGGAGCUGCGAGUCCUGAUCCUGGUGGUGAGUGCAGAGAAGAAGGCGGUGGGCAGCACGGCCGGAAUGCAGACCAGUGUGAAGACCAGCCUCUUGUUGAAGCACCGUGCCGAGGCUGUGGUCCCGGAGCGCAUGGCCCAGAUGAUCCAGCACAUCCGGCAGAGGGAUUUUGAGGCCUUUGGUCAGCUCACCAUGAAGGACAGCAACCAGUUCCACGCCACCUGCUUGGACACCUUCCCACCCAUCUUCUACCUCAACGACACCUCCAAGCAAGUCAUAGCCCUGGUGCACCGCUUCAACGCCCAUCACGGGGAAACCAAAGUGGCCUAUACAGGUGGGGGCGGGGGCGAGCAAAGCAACUGCCUGCAUUUCCGUGCCUGCACUGAAUCCUAA